UGUGGGCAGAUCACAUUGUUCCUGACCACUGACCUGCAAUGGGGCACCGAUUUUGUUGACCAGAUCAUGAGUUGAUUGGUGGGCAUUUAGUUUGCAGCUACACAAGUAGAGCUGAAGGCAUACAAUUGUGCGAGCUUCUGAUUGCAAAGUUGCUCGCAGGCAGAGAUCAUGUGGAUCAAGCAAGUAGGUUUUCCAAUGUGGCUCUUAGCCUGGUGACAGAAGGCUCAUCAUCUAGAUUCCUUGAUCACUUCUAACCAAUCAAGGCACAGCAAACUGAUCCAUAAUCUCAACAGAUGGCGCUUCACCACUUAAGGUCAAUUGUAGGCGCUUUGGGUCGCUGCAACAUAAGCAGUAGGACCGCCAAAGCAGGCUGUGAAUGGAUUGACUUUGCCCCUCCCAUCGUGUCAGCUGCCGCCACAUGUCAAGCAAGGGCAUCAUCUACAAGUGCAACCUUCCUUCACAUGCGUGGGCACCAGGUUCUGCAUGAUCCCUGGUUCAACAAGGGAACUGCGUUCUCAAUCCCGGAGAGGGACCGCUUGGGCCUUCGGGGCCUUCUGCCACCAAAAGUAAUGACAGCUGAUCAGCAAGUGGAGAGAUUCAUGCGCGACUUCCGCAAGAUCCCCAACGACGAGGAGCGGCCUAUGCAGCAGUGGCGCAUGCUAAACAGGAUGCACGACAGGAACGAGACCCUGUACUACAAGAUCGUGAAUGCUAACAUCAAGGAACUGGCGCCUAUCAUCUAUACACCGAUUGUUGGCCAAGUCUGUCAAAACUUCAGCGGUCUGUACCGACGACCUCGAGGUAUGUACUUCAGCUCCGAGGACAAGGGCGAGUUCUCCGCAAUGGUGUGGAACUGGCCGGGCGAAGAGGUUGAUAUCAUUGUGGUGACGGACGGAAGCCGGAUCUUGGGCUUGGGCGAUCUGGGCGUUCAAGGCAUUGGUGUUGUAAUUGGAAAGCUCGACUUGUAUGUUGCUGGAGCAGGCAUAAAUCCACGAAAGGUGCUGCCAAUCGUCAUUGACGUCGGUACGAAUAAUAAGAACCUGCUCGACAACGACCUGUACAUGGGGGCGCAUCACGAGAGAUUGGAGGGCCCUGCGUACGAAGAGAUCCUCGACGAGUUCAUGGAGGCCGUCUUCUCCAGGUGGCCGAACGUCAUCGUACAGUUCGAGGACUUCCAGAACAAGUGGGCGCUCAAGCUGCUUCAAAAGUACCGGAACACAUACCGCAUGUUCAACGAUGACGUGCAGGGAACCGCUUGCGUUGGGCUCGCCGGGAUUCUAGGCGCAGUGCGCGCCAUGGGCCGUCCCAUGGAGGACCUGGCCAGUCUCAAGUUUGUCGUCGUGGGUGCGGGAAGCGCCGGCAUGGGUCUGGUCGACAUGGUGCGUCAGAACAUGGCCCAGGCCCUGGGGGGCGCCCAGCCCGCCAUGGCGCACGCACUGCACAACUUCUGGCUCGUCGACAAGGAUGGCCUCAUCACCAAGGACCGGAAGCCGCUACUCCCACUGUACAGCGCAUAUGCACGCGACCCGGGGGAGAACGCUCUGCCCGAGGGUGCGAACCUCCUCAAAGUGAUCCAAGAAGUGAAGCCAGACUUCCUCAUCGGCCUGUCAGGUUGUGGCGGGCUCUUCAAUAAGGAGAUUCUACGGGAGAUGGCCAAGCGGGACCGCCCCGUUAUCUUUCCCAUGUCCAACCCGACCAGUAAAGCGGAAGCCACCGCGGAAGCGGUGUUCAAGGCCUCGGACGGCCGCGCCAUCUUUGCGAGCGGCAGCCCCUUCCCUGACGUUGUGCUCGAUGAUGGCCGGGUGUGCCACACGAAUCAAGGGAACAACAUGUACCUAUUUCCAGGGAUUGGUCUCGGCACGAUGCUGUGCGGGGCGCGGACAAUCUCGGACGGGAUGCUACAUGCAGCGACUGAACGGCUGGCGGCCCUAGUUCCGGACGAAGUGGUGAAACAAGGGAUCCUCUACCCGCCCAUAGAACAGAUUCGCUCCAUAUCGGUGGAAAUUGCAUCGGCGAUUGUCAAAAAGGCGGUCGAGGAGGACUUGGCGGACGGGUACUUCCGGGGGAGCCUGCGAAUAAAGCCGCGCCAGCUGGGGGCCAUGACAGAGGCAGGGUUGAAAGAGCUGAUUGCAAGUCAAAUGUGGUCGCCGCAGUACACACCUCUCAUCUAUACUCCCAAGGAUUAGAACGUCGCUCGCAGAAUGAUUUGUCAGGCAAGUGUGCUUAGCGAGUAGCGGGCGAGGCAAGAUAUCAAGAAAAAUCUCGAACAAGCCUGGAUUGGGGAACGGAGCCAUAUAUAAUAGAACAUACAGUGCAUUUGUAUAUUAGAGCAAGCUCAGUCAGAUCCAUAUUUAUAAUGAUG